CCAAAAAACAAACGAGUGCUCCACCCAGCCUACCUAAGAAAAAUGCGAGAUCCAACGGAUCUGUUUGGCGGGAAGCGAUAGGUCUCACUUUUUCGAUUCCGAACCCCGCAUUUCGCUUUAUCUCGGCAAUGAAUUCCUCGCAAACCCUCAGAUCCAGGACACCCAGAAGCCGGGAAAAGAAAGCCCUAAACCCAAAUCCCCCUAAAGUCUCAGGCAACGAGGCACUGAGCACCCUGACCCCUCAGAAGUCCCGAAGCACUCAUCCGCCGUGCCCGAAAAGCUAACUUCGCGCUCUCCAUAGCAGACAUCAGAAGGGCCGCCGCCAAGAGCGGCGGCGAUUUGACUCAGAAGCGACGGACCGACCAGAUCGAUCCAUGGGGAGAGCUAACGCUGAAGAAGACUUGUGUCAGUCGCUCAGAGAAGCUACCCUGAAAUUGGGCUGCUAUACAAAUUGAUCGUUUUUAUCUCGAGGAGAUUCACAUAUGGAGGUUUACAUAUGGUCACUUAGAUCAGCUGAGUUUGUUAUGCCCGAGCUGAUUGAGAGAACCAGUUGUCUGAAGCCGGAUCUUCUUGUCACGAUCAAUGCUGAUGCAUUGGACGGCGAUGGCAAGUCAAAACCCGUAGGUGGUGGGAGUAUGCAUUUGAGGAAGGCAUUUCACAAGCAGCUUGCUGAUCUUUCGAAAUCCCAUCCUGAGGAUUAUGAAAUUCCAGAAGAAACUCUCCCCUAGCCAUUUGGUCUUACGAAGCAACAUAUGCGAUCAGAUACGGACAAGCUUCCAUUGUCAUCAUCUCAGGGUGAUGAAAUUUCAGAACCAAAGCUUGAUACCGCUUGUGCUUCAUUGCGUGGCCAAGUGCCUGUAACUCCAACUGAAAGCAUAGACGCUGUUGAAAAUGAUGAUGAUUUGCCCACAAAAAGUGCUAGCAUUGAGUCGACUCCAACGAAGCUUGCUUCAACUCCAGCCAGGUUGAGGGCUGAAACGCCUGCAUUGCAGCCUCCAAAGCGAUGUUACAUGAGCCCAGAUGAUAAUGCUACUAGCUCACCGAACAAGUUGGCUAUGCGUCCUCCAAGCAACAGGUCGUUGAAAUUUGACACGCCCGUGAAGAAUAAAAAAGUUGAGGAUGAAGUUCCUGAUAGGAGUGGCGCAUCAAACGAUAGUGACAUUCAUGAUAUUCUUCCUGCGGAUCUUUUGCAGUCGCUUAGAGAGAAGGAGAAAAAGGCAAUAGAGGAGCGAGAUCCGGCCAUCUCCCAAGCAAAAAGGCGGUGACGGAUGAUUUCCAGCCUACCAAAGCUCUUCAACUUGAUUCAUUUCCUACUUCAGUCUAUGAACCGUUCUGUUAUCACAAAAGAAGGGCUUGUUCACAAGAUCAUUGGACCAAUUUCGAUAUUGUUGACAGAAGUAAGUCGUUAAACAAAAGAAGAUACUAUUUCUACGAAAAGUUAUGGUGAGCCUAACUCUUUCUCCAUUCUCUUGGCAGAGGAAGUUCAGGAGCAUCUAAACUUGUUGCUAGAGCUGGUUCCCGAUUGGAUUUCUGUAGAGACGAUAGCAUCUGAAGCUGAUUUGCUAAUGAUCCGAUAAGUUUUCUUCAUAUUUUGAAGUAGAAAUUAUGUGCGUUCUAGUGGAAAUGUAUUCAUCUUCCGUUGAAAAGAUAAGAACCUGAUAGACUUGUCUAAACUUUGCCUCUCUUGCAGCAUCAAUAAGGACAUCGACUCCUGAGUCAAUACGUGCACGGCUUGAAGCGGCAAAGUGAGAUAGGGAAUGCUAGGUUUUUCGAUAAUUUAGUUGUUCGCGUAAGGGGCAUCUGAGUAGCCUGCGCACGUAAAUAGAAUCAAGGCUUCUUCCGAUAAUGUUAUUCAACGUGUUCUUUGAAUGAAUGCUAAAAUUUUCUGCAAGAUGCACACUAACGACACGAAUUCGCUAGUCGAUUGCUACCGUUUCCUCGCACAUGUCUUUCUGCUAAAGAAUCCAUUUGUACCUUGGUUCUCU